UCUUUCCUUGUAGUGGAUCAAUAACUGCAUAGGAAGAAAAAAUUACAAAAGGUUCUUCAUCCUCAUGGUGUUUGCUCUUCUCUUGCUUAUUCUGCAGUGGGCUGUUGGGAUGCUUGUGCUGAUACUGUGUUUUGUUGAGAGAAGGAGAUUUUCUGCUGAAAUUGUUUCAAAGCUGGGUAGUAGCUUUUCCUUGGCACCCUUUAUCAUUGUGGUGGCUGUGUGCACUUUAUUAGCCAUGGUUGCUACUCUUCCAGUUGCACAACUUUUCUUCUUCCAUAUUCUUUUAAUAAAAAAGGGAAUCAGCACCUAUGAUUACAUUAUUGCUUUGAGGGAGCAAGAUCAGGAGCAGGAGCAACUUGCUGUUGGUGGGCAGCAAAGUCCGCAAAUGUCCCAAGUGAGCUCUUUUACUGGACUAAGCAGCACCAGUCCGCAAAUCCAUAUGCAGAGAUAG